GCAAUCAGAUGACUUCUACCAGCCUUUCCUCCUCUUUCUAUGGGCCUCCAAGUGGCCCUCCCCCAAGAGGGUGAGCCAGCCUACAACACCCCCAGCCACCCCAGCAGCGAGGGUUGAACGCUGCCUAAGGAGUGAGUGAGUUCUCCGUCCUUGGAGGUAUUCAAGUAAGGACCCUUAUCAAGGAGGUUGUUGGGGGAAUCCUUCCCUGGAGACUCAGAAGAAGGUGGAACUAGACAAAGCCUGGGGCCCCUUCCAUCAGGGCAACUGUUUAGGGGCACCCCUCCAUCUCCCCCAAAUGCACCCUGCCUCAUCCCUCACACCCCCCUGCAGCCCCUCAAGGCCUGCCUCUCCUGGUCCGCUUCAGGCUCCAGUGGGAGGAGGGUGAUGGCCUGCUUGGGCCCCCCAGGCCACCUCGGGGAGCUCUUGGGGCUGUACCCGGUUCCUGAGGGGCCCUCCUUCCUGCUGGGCAGCUCAGAGACAAGGCAUUCCUUUCCCAGGUCACCUCAAAGCUAUGGAUUCUGGGAGUUUGCUCAGGAUCCUUCUAGGCCAGAAGACGCAUUUUCCUCUAAGAGAAGAGUUAAUCCGACCCGGGCAGAGAGGAGAGGGGGAUGGGGUGGCUGAGGUCCCUCAGCCCAGCCCAGUCCCCAGGGGUGGAGGUCAACACCAGGAAGUGUCCCCACAAGAGCAGGCUCCCCCGGCCCCUCCGCUCCCAUCAGGGAGCCUCCCUGGGCCUCCGGCCAGGUCCCCCAGGAGAUUAGCAGGGAGCAGAGGAGUGGGAACCCCAGGAGUGCUUCCAGGGCUGGGCUUGGAGGCCAGAAUUCAAAUCCAGCCAGACAAUAGCUAGGUGACCUCCCAUGACUCACCGGCUAGCUCUCUGCUAAUGGAGAAUUGAGCGCCUAUCUCCAGGGUGGGGAGAGCCUCAGAUAAGAUAAGCAGCCUCACACCCAGCCCACCUUCAGGAUCCAGUAAGGAUCUUCCCCAAGACAGCCGGGAGGGGAGCUUGCUUUGCCGCCCCCAAGUCCUCUCUGGCUCCCCACUUGUCUGCUCGGGGAGCCCUGGAACCCCCCCCUUCCAAAAAACCAACACUGUGCAUCGGCCCCAAGGCAGAAGAGCAGCAAAGGGCUAGGCAAGGGAGUUAGGUGACUUGCCCAGGGUCACACAGCUAGGAUGCGUCUGAGCCAUCUAGCUGUCUCCCCCCACCCCCACUGAACUGACCCAUGCAAGUGGGCAAGGCCAGGGGCCUGAGCAGCCCUUGACAACAUAAAGGAGGGGAGGGGCAAUCAGGGAAGACUUCCUGGGUGGGGUGAGACUUCUAUCAGGCCCCAGGCCAGGUCUGGUAACUGGGGAGAAAAGGCGCUCCAUGGACCCAGGCACCCCCUCCUUCCUGGAAGUUGAGGAAACAAGGAGGAUGGUGAAAUCCAUCCACGUUUAUCAAGCUUCCUUGCCAGGAUCCAAAAAAAGGCAAAAGACGUCCCUGCCGCCAAGGAGCUCACAAUCUAAUGGAAGAGGGGCCGGGCAGGCUGAAGACCUCCAUGGCCGGCCGCAGGAGCCCUUCUCUGGCUUCUACAAUGGAGGAGACCGUGAAGGCCAGCUCCUGGGAGGCAGGCCCUGCCACAGAGGGCGCCCCAGGCUCUCUGACCCCUCCCAGCACCCAAGGGCGGCCCCCGAGCCCCCAGGAGACACUCUGCAGCUCACUGCUCAGGCCCUCCCCUCAGCAGCAAGCAGGAAAUGCUCUGCGCAGAUGGGGAAAGCGAAGUCCAAAUAGCAGAGGAGCCUUUACCGAGUUUAUUCAGUGAGUCAGCCAGGGGCGGACAGCAGAAGAGAGAAGCGGCCCCUCCUGGGCUGCCUGCCCCAAGGCUACCCCGGCUAGCCCGAGGGGGGACCUGUGCCCGGGGAUGGCCAGAGGGAGAGGAGGUCAGGAGUUAGGGCUGACCCAGCUCGGCAGGGGAGUGGAGGGCAGCCACUGGCCCCUGAAAGGCCGCUCUGUCGGCCCCUCGGACCUGGCUCAGCAGCCACAAGGCCCCACUCCCUCCUGGGCCAGUCCGAGUUCAGGGCCCUCCGCAGGUGGGCCGCGAAGGCCAUCCCCCUCCGGCCCGUCCCAAAGUCAGCAGAGUAGCCCUCCGCGGGGAGGGCCCGGGGCCCGCCCAGGGGGAGGAGCUGGGGUGGGGGUGAGUGAGUCAGCCCCUCACUGGGCAAGGACAGAGCCAAAGGGAACAGAAAUGCUGGCGGCUCCAGGAAUCGGCCUGGCUGCUUUUUUUCUUUUCCCUCUCGGGAAAGUUGCUCGGCCAUCCCCAUCCGCCCUCUUCCCUCUUGCACAAUCAACCCAAACCAUCCACCUUUGGAGUCAGGGAGGGGGAGGGCUCGGAGGAGCCCAGAGGGAGGAGCCUGAGGAGGGUGGCUGCCCAAAGUUGUCGCGGCCAGGUCAAGCCCGUUUCCCAGCCCGCACCCCCACCUGUCUGCCAGGCUCGGGGAGCUGGAGUAAAGGGAGGAGGAGUGAGGAGCCGGAGCUCGUCUGCAAAGUUGGAGGCCGCCAGGAGGGCACGGGCCCGCUCUCUUCCCAGGCCCCCUCCGCGGCCAGGGGCACCCUGACCGGCCCGGCGGUCCUUACUCCCCCCUUUGUCUCCCCAGCUGUCCACUCAGCCUCCAUGUUUCCCAAGUCCCAGCAGGCAGCCCCCAGGCACAGGCAGCACCGGGGCAGGAGCGGAGAGGGCGCGGGCUCGGCUUGGGCAGAUUGUUUACAAAGGCCAGCCCACGUCCCCGGCCCACAACAAGGCAACCCACCAAACAGACACAAACCCAGCCCACACCCCGCAGCCCUGGUGCCCCGAGCGCCUGGACACUGGGGGAGGGCUCAGUACCUGCAUCUCUCCGGCCAAGGGGCAGCCCGCCCCCUUCCCUGCCCCGCCAGUGCCCGGUGCCCGCGGCUAGCGGCCAGGCGGCCCCGGCUCCCCCUGCGGGCUGUGUGCGGGUUAGGCUUGGCGGAGGAGUCUUGGCCGCUACCAUGGAGAUGGGUCUUUGUGUGGCCAGGGAAGGGGAGGGGCAUCUGGGCCCCACGCCCACAGCCGGGGGAGGCGCUGCUCAGGCCCCCCCAGCCUCCCCUAGCUAGGUCCGGGAGAAGCUUCCAAACCUUCUCCCUUCCUCGUUUUCCUUGGGGCGCAAGGCAAUGGCUGUAGCGGGGGAAGGAGCCACACACCUGGUGCCAGCUUCCCUGGGCUCCCAGCUUCCUCCACCCCUCCUGCUCCAUCCAGACCCCAGGAGGCCAUUUAUUAUCAAGGACAAAGAGAAGCUUCAGAUUCUGGAGUGAUGCAAGAGGGGAAAAGGAUCAAAGGCGACUCCAGGGGCCCAGCCUGCCCAGCCCAGAGUCUGAGGCAUCCUGCCAGAGGCAGCGAGACCAACAUUGACGACCAGCCUCCGGGCCCAUCCAUGAGGAGGCCAGGCUUGGAGGGCCUCCCCUUGGUGAAGCCAUUGGGAGUCCCUGAGCUGCCUGGGUGGCUCCUGGACAGAGGAGGAGGAGGAGGAGAGUUAGAGAGACAGAGGCAGGGAGAGAAGUCCAGGCUCUCCCCAGAGGGGGCACAAUUGGGUCUUUCUUAAGGCCCUCCAACUCAGGUUCCCCUUCCAGUUUUGUUCCCCAGCAGCCCCCCACCCCGCCACGGGCUCGGGGUGCUCCUCCCUGACUCGGGCUCCCUCAGCAAUUGGGGCCUGGUCAGACCGGGUGCCGGGGAGGCCCUCUGGCCAGGCCUACUCCUUGGCGGUCAUGGCUUCGAAGGGCUCAGCAUGUACUCACAUCUCCACAGACAUCCACAGCUGGGACUUCUCCUCCUCAGCCCUGCCCCCCCACCUCCCACGUGUCAGCUCCCACACUCUGGGCUGGCUGGCUCCGAGGGGGAGCAGGCCCUGGGGGGCAGGGCAGACAGCCCCAAACCAAGUUGUUGUCCAGAGCACCCCAGGGCGGGAGGAAGGGAGACGAGCCCCGUCCUGAUUUGUGGGAGGGAGGUGGGGCGAUUCCAUCCUCCAGGGACCCCCCCAUGCUCAGGCCCCAUCCCCUUGGCCCCCCUCCAGGAGAGGUGACUCACAGCCUCCCCCAGGGCCCAGUUUAUGUCUGGUGAGUGGCCAAUCGAUGGAUGGAUCCUUUUCAGGAAAAUGGCCCUGGAAUCAAUUACACGAAAGCAGCAGCUCGGGGGCUGCCUUCCCUGGGUAGGCUGAGAGCAGUAAAUGGAACUGAGGGGAAGGGAGAGAGUGCUUUGGAAAUAGCCCCUGGCGACCUACGGAGGGGCCUGGCCUCCCUCCCUCUCUCCCCAUUUGCUGUCCAGUGAGGAAGGCCAGAGCUCCCACCUCCUCCGAGAUCCCCUGGGCCGAAGUGCCGCUCACAGCAGCCUCAGCCGCCGAGGCCCUCGAGGAUCCCAUCACAGAUAUGGCCCCAUCGCCCCUCUUGGUCCUCGGUGUGGAAGAUGAGAGCCAACCCAGGCCUCUCCCCGCCAGGCCGUUCUUGACUUUCCCGGCCAGGAUCCCCCCUGGAGCGCCCAGCUGGCCUGGGUCGCUGCUGCGCAGGAUUCCGGAUUACACCGAGCAGCCCCUCUGCUGGGAGGGCCAGGGUUCUGAAUGCCAGGUAGCACCCAACUGCCCAGGAAGGACCAGCAUCUCUAGUGGGAGGACCAUCAUGGCGCCACCUUGCUGCCCAGGGCGGACCAGCCCCUUGUAGCAUGCGCAGCAGACACACCCUGGUAAAACUGUGAUGGGCAGGUGGGUUGGCCCAGGGCGGAGGAGUUGAGGGGAUAUCCAUCUACCCCAGAACUCACCUAGCAAAAUGGAUGGAGGAUGACAACUCAUUGGAGAGCUUAGAACGUGGCCAGCCAUCAAAGACGCCAGGGCCAUUGCCAGUCCUCCUGACUUUGUCUUGCCACUCAUCUCUGGUGACUCUGAAGGGAGAGUGAGGCUGAAGAGUGUGGGCAGCUCUCCCUCCAUUAGACCCAAUUCACUCUCAAGUCAAGACUCACCUGGUGAAACCAUGGUCCUCUUCCAAAAUGGAGGCUGAACAACAACAGGAACAAGAAGGCUAGGAAUGCAGGACUGUGUGGAACUUCUGCAUGAGGAGUACAAAUGGAUGUCUAGGAGAAGUCUAGAAUGGAUUUUUAAAAUAAUUCUUAUCAUCCCUCCUGAUUAGAAAAAUGCAAAUCAAAACCACUCUGGGGUACCACCUCACACUACCAGAUCGGCUAAUAUGGCAGCAAAGGAAAGUGAUCUAUGUUGGAGGGGAUGUGGCAAAAUUGGAAAACUAAUGCAUUGUUGGUGGAGCUGUGAAUGGAUCCAACCAUUCUGGAAGGCAAUUUGGAACUAUGCCCAAAGGGUGCUAAAAGACUGUCUGCCCUUUGAUCCAGCCAUAGCACUGCUGGGCUUGUACCCCAAAGAGAUAAUGGACAAAAAGACUUGUACAAGAAUAUUCAUAGCUGCACUCUUUGUGGUGGCCAAAAAUGGAAAAUGAGGGGCUGCCCUUCAAUUGGGGAAUGGCUGAACACACUGUGGUAUAUGUUGGUGAUGGAAUACUAUUGUGCUAAAAGAAAUGAUGAUAAGCAAGAUGAUUGCAGAAACAGAGGGAAAGAUCUGCAGGAACUGAUGCAGAGCGAAAUAAGCAGAACCCUGAGAACGUUAUAUAGUAACAGCCAAAUUGCACGAGGAGCAACUGUGAAACCUUGGUUACUCUCAGCAAAGCAGUGAUUGAGGACCAUCCUGAAUGCCAACAGGGAAUGCUCUCCACCUCCAGAGAAGCUGUUGGAAUAAUCAUCUUUCCCAGCAGUCUAUCUUUGGUUUUUGUUUGGGGAUUUAACAAUGACCAACAUGGAAGUUUGCAUGACAAUAAAAAUAAAAUUUUAAAUCAAUUUAAAA